AUGGGAGAUGAAGCCUGCACAGCGCUCUUGAACAAUGAAGACAUUGUGACAAAGCAGAUCCUUCAAGACACAGAGGAGCGACUCAAGCACGACGAUAUGAUUUCAAUCGAGGAUCCGGAUCAUCUGCAGCUUGAGUUGGACCUGACCGUGAAGGAGAGCCCCUUGGUAAACGGCUUGCUGACAUUGGUUUCUGUUGCAACCUUCCUGGCCGGCUUUGUAGCCUCCGACUUCAGUGGAUACCAAUCUGAGGAUUGGCAAGGGGCCCACUGGAUCUCUAAGUGGCUCUAUGUGUGCUUGUUGGCAUAUGCUGAAGGCUCGUGCCUAUACAUUGCCAUUUGUGGUACCAUGGCAUGCGCAACGCAUCUUCGUGCCGCCAACCAGCUAGAAGGAUGGGAGAACCGGUGCCGCAUUGCAUUGGAACCUGUCCUACAAAAUCUGGACCAAGUCAAAGGAAAGCGCUUGGACACGAUAGAGGCUGUCCUGAGAGCCGUCAUUCACAGUCAAGGGGACUGGGCCCGUACUCUUGCCAUUGCAGGUGGAAUAAACAUGUCAAAAAUGGUGCACUGGUAUCAGAAGCCAGGUGCAGAUGGUUCAGGACAAUUCCUUUUGAUAAUCAAGGAUCCUGUGAGCCUCAUGGGGUCUCACUGUGCUUUCAAGUAUCUCACUGAUGUAAGUUUUCCCAUUGCUAUCGUGUGCUUCCUGUCCGCGCAGACCCUAAAGGCUCUGAAAGGUGAGUCUCAGCACAUCGUGCUGAGUGUCCUUUUUAUCGUUGCUUUCUGGCUGUUGAAAAUUGGCCAUGACCUGCAAUCCCUGUACCGAAAGUCCCCUUUUGCCCUGGGUGAGCUCACUGACUCCAAAGGUGCCGUGCCGGCCAUGGUUCCAGUGGAGAAGCCUUUGGGGCGAGUUCGAGAAACUUUUUCGCGAGAAAAUGGCCGAGAAGCGACCUUUGGAAAGGGGGACCAGGGGCACCUUGAAGAUGUGGUGAUGCAACUGCUCCGUUCUCUUCAAGAAGCCCUUUUCGGUCCCUAUUUCUUGGUCUUCAGGCAGAUGCGAAAGAGAUACUUCAGUCAAGCCUGCAACCUAGAUUUGGGCAUAAAAGAACAUGCUCCUGGCUGCGUUUUCCCGGUGUUGGUGCCCAAUGCCAAGGGCCUACAGGCAGCUCUGGCAGCUGGUGCCAAGGAGGCCACCAGGGUCCCACUCUGCUGGGGCUGGAAAUCCAUGGUACCGUUCAAUUGUGACUCUAGUUCUUUAUUGCUGCUGAUCGUUCGACUGCAGGUCACCCUCCUAGCGGCCGCCAGUGACACCUUUGCGCAGAGAAAUACGAUGCUGGUCUGCAAGGGUCGCUGCAUUCGCUGGAAUUGCACCGUUGAGGAGAACUUGCAACGCGCCAAGGCCGUGUUAGAAGCAGCCAAAGAAGCGCAGUGUGCUGUGAGGGCUGCGAUCUCCGUGUGUUUCCGGCUUAUCGUUGCCGGCUGUUUGGGUUGUCCCUACGAAGGCGAAGUGUCGCCCAAGCGAGUGGCGCAGGUGGCAUGUCGCUUGCUCGAGGACGGCUGCGAGGAGGUGGUGGUUUGCGAAGCUCAACUUCAGCAGCGGGGUGGUGAUUUUGGUGUCGAUCCGCCGGUGAUCUACAAGGACACCAUCGGCACGGGCACCGCGGCGUCCGUUUGGAGGCUCCUAGAGGCCUUGGAAGGUUCCGGCGUUCCUAUGGAGAAGGUGGGCGUCCACUUUCACGACACCUACGGGCAGGCGGUCAGCUGUGGCCAAUACACUGGCGGCUCCUCGGCAGUUGACCAGAUGGCCUGGAGCAUGAUGAACGAAGCCCUGAAGCUGGACAUGCGCUCAGCGCGGGCAUACUCCAAGGCUUUGCAGUUCGGCGUCGCCAAAGUGGACGCGGCGGUGGGGGGCGUGGGGGGCUGCCCCUUUGCCGGACCAGGUGUCAGUGGAAAUGUGGCCACAGAAGAUGUGGUGCAACUGCUGCAUGGCCUCGGGGUUGAAACUGGCCUAGAUUUGCUGCAGCUUUCGGAAGCUGGGCAGUGGCUCAGCUCCCAUGUACUGCAGAAAGGCAAUGGCUCUCGCGCGGGGCCGGCCACCCUGAGACGCCAUGCUCCCGGCGCGCAACCAAGGCCCGAAACAGCUGCAGCUUCGGGGUUUUCCAGUGGACCUUUGAAGGGACUUCGUGUGCUGGAGGCUAUCGAUGAAACCAAGUUGGCCCAUGGUGGGGUUGGUCCUGGCUUAGUCGCCGGGGGAUGGACAGGAGCGACCCUGGCGUACUUUGGGGCCGAGGUAGUGAAAGUCAGGGCUGCUCGGAAACGCAGCCGCGCUGCUCCUGCGCCAACAGUACCGCCUCGCGUGGUGCGGCGCCGGGUGACGUCGAAACAGCCGGAAGCCGAUGCGCCGGUGGAGAUUUGUUCCUCCCAGGAGGAGCCAAGCGGCCUGCAGGCCGCCGCCGCACGGACGGAGCUGGAGCUGAGCACUGAGGCUUUUCGAGCGUCCUCCGUCACCGUCAACACCGCGCCCGACACGGCGGUGCCGGAGGCGGAGCCGGCGCCGGAGGAUGUGGCGGAGGAGAGGUGGUUCCUAGCCCUGGGCAGCAAAAUUGUCGGUGUUCAGCACUACGACGGGGUCGUCUCAGACCGUGAGUCGGUGGUCUUGCGACGACAGCCCGCCAACAUCUACGACCCCAAUGCCAUACAGGUGCUGAAUAUCAGAGGCGAACAGAUCGGCCACGUUCCGCGAGAAAUGGCCAGUCUGCUGGCGCCGGUGAUGGACCGCUUCGACGAUGGAACUGGCCAGUUGAGGGUUGAGGGACACAUCCCAAGAGGCUCGGGGAAUAUGUACUCCAUCCCAGUCCGUCUUCAGAUCUUCGGCCAAGCCAACGAUGCCAACGGCUCCGCUUCUUCCUCCGCACCGCGCAUUCUGCGGGACCUGGGGCAGCGGCUGCAGCGGACCUACUGCAGCGCAGCACGCGGCGCGGUGGAAGUGCUGCAAGCGCCAGAGGAAGGGACGCCCGUGCAGGAGUUAAGCCCUCAGAUGUGGCGGCAGAUCAAUGGUGGCAAACAGGGCGCCAAGAUCGCCAAAGUGGGCCCCAGCAUGCAGGCCCUGAUCCCUGGCAGUGAUCUGGAUACAAUAGACAUCAUCGAAAGAGAAUUGGAGGAGAUCUUUCGACAGCCUGGGGGGUAUGAAGGUUGCCCCCUAGCGGAGCAGCCAGCGGGUUUGAAAACUGACCUUUAUCCUCAUCAGCUGAAAGCCUUGCACUGGAUGAUACAGCAAGCAGCUUGGGUCCUUGCGAAGGGGCAACCGAGACAGGAGAGAUCCCUAACCGUUGCCGAAAAGUUGACCGACGUCGUGGACCGCGGUGACAGCGCUGUUCCAGCGGUCAAGGGGAAGAAGAAGACGGAAACGUCGACGGCGCAAACAUUUUUUUGGACCAAAGACACGUCCAAAGGCUAUGUGAUCUACAAGAACUUGGCCACGAAUUCGGCCUUCCGGCAGGCGCCCAAGCUGCCACGCGGCGGGAUCCUGGCGGAUGACAUGGGCUUGGGGAAGACCAUCACGACCAUCGCACUGAUGCUUGCCAAGAUGGACGACGCGAAGCGUUCUUGUCGUGGUACAGGUCAAAACUUGGUGGUUUGCCCGCUGUCGGUGCUUUACAACUGGUCGGAACAGCUGAAAUUACACGCGCCUGGGCUCAAGACGCGUACCUAUCAUGGGAAAGACAGAGACCGUUCCGCUGGAAGUUUUCUGCUGCACGAUGUCACCUUGACCACCUACGAUAUCGUGCGUUCAGAGUUGAAAGACAGCAGCACUGGACUGGGCAGUGUGAAAUGGUACCGUGCUGUGUUGGAUGAAGCACAUGUGAUCAAAGGUCACAAGCAGGCCACAGCGCAAGCUGUCUUCCAGCUGGUGAAGGCUGAGUGCAAGUGGUGCCUUUCCGGGACGCCGAUCCAGAAUUCCGCGGAGGAUUUGUAUUCCUUGGCACGGUUCUUGAAACUGGAACCCUUCGAUCAGUUUGAUUGGUUCAAUCGUACCAUCCUGCGACCUUUGAAGAAUCGCGAUGCGGUGGGCUUCGAACGUUUGCAGGUCCUACUGCGCAGCUGGUGCUUGCGACGGACCAAGGCGAUGAGGAUCAAGGACCCAAACUCUGGACAGGAACGUCCUUUGCUUCUUUUGCCGCCAAAGUCUGUCGAAGUUUGCCGAGUGCCCUUGGAGUCGGGUGACCGUGUGCUCUACGAUCGCCUCUUCAACUGUGCCAGCGAACGCGUGAAGGAAAUGGAAAGCCGCAGCCAGCUGGGCCAGAACUUCUCUCAGGUGCUGUCACUUCUGACACGUUUGCGGCAGCUCUGCUGCUCCACCACUUUGCUGCCUGAAAAGCUCCUGAGCGAGCUGGCAAACGGCACAGGUGACGUGGAUCGCGUCUUCCAGGCCGCCGUGCAGGCGCUGGGCAGCUCCAGGGUGGAGGAUUUGCUGCGGAACUUGGCGGAGGCACAGGAGGACGACUGCAGUAUCUGUAUGGAGCCUACUUGCGACAUUGUGACACGCUGUGGUCAUGUCUUCCACCGGAGCUGCAUCGAGACGGCUUUGCGUCAGCUGGGCCGUGCGGGGCAAGGACAGUGCCCGCUCUGCCGGAAUGUGAUCAAGAAGUCGGAACUCUUAGAAAAACCUGCAGAGCUGGAACUCGUGGAGGGUGACGAAACCUCUGCGACCGGCGCGGCCGGUGGGUCCAAAAUUCGCGCCUUGGCGGUGGUCGCCACCAGUGCUGUGAUCGCUUUCCUGCAGGAGAACAUCAUUCAGAAAAAGGAUCCACAAGGAAAAAAUCACAAGGCGGUGAUCUUCUCUCAGUUCACCGCCGUUUUGGAUCUGAUUCAGUCUGAGCUCAAGUCACAACAGUGGCCCUUCGUGCGUUUGGACGGACAGAUGAAGCACGAUGCGCGGGUGCAUGCGCAGCAGAGCUUUGCAGGGCAUCCGCAUAUCCAGGUCAUGCUGUGCAGCUUGAAAGCAGCAGGUACAGGCUUGAACUUGACAGCUGCUGACCACGUUCUAUUGAUUGAUCCGUGGUGGAACCCAGCAGUUGAGGACCAGGCCAUAGAUCGUCUGCACCGCUUGGGGCAGCGCCGCCCCGUGCGGGCGCUACGCUUCGUGGCCGAGCGCACGGUGGAGGAGCGGAUUUUGGAGGUUCAGAAACAGCUGCACGGCUUGCAACAGCUUGGGAAGAGAGCCAUUGUCGAUGGGGCACUGUCGAAGAAAUCCCGUCCCUCGGCAGAUGCCUCCGUCCGGGACGAACUGCAGAAAAUUCGCCUGGAGAUCCUUGGCGUUGAACCACCAGAAGUGGGUGACGGCCUGCGCAAGUGGCGCCAGUUGGAUGGAGACCUGACCGUCUCGUCUGUCUCGGGGCCGCACCUAGGCAUUGCCCGGAACAAACGCAGCCUGGCACUGGACCUUCGGCAACCGGAGGGGCGACAGCUGCUGAGACAACUUGCAGGUCAUGCAGAUGUCUUGGUGGAGAAUUUUAAGCCAGGCACUUUGGAACGAUGGGACAUGGCACCUGAAACCUUGCGUCAGCAGAAUCCUGGGCUCAUCGUGGCUCGCGUGUCGGGCUAUGGCCAAACUGGUCCAAAGUCGAGGGACCCUGGCUUUGCCUCGGUCUGCGAAGGCGUCGGCGGCUUUCGCUUCGUGAACGGUGUUCCAGGCGAUCCGCCGGUGCGGCCCAACCUCUCCAUGGGCGACACCUUGGCCGGGAUGAACGCCGUGCUUGGCAUUCUGUUGGCGCUUCUGAAGAAGGGUCAAGGCGAUGGAGGCGUGGUGACUGGCCUAGGUCAAACGGUGGAUGCCUCCAUCGCCGAGAGCGUCCUUGGUCUCUUGGAGGCCAUGGUCCCGGAGUACGACUUUGCUGGGGAAGUCCGGCAGCCGUCGGGUUCUUCCCUCACGGGCAUUGUUCCAACCGGGACCUAUCCCUGCAAGGAUGGAACCUUCAUGAUCAUCGGUGCCAAUGGCGACUCCCUCUUCAAGCGCUUGAUGAAGGCCAUGGACCGCGCGGAGCUAGCGGAGGACCCGCGCUUUGUGGACAACGCUGGCCGUUGUGCUCACAAGGAGCUGUUGGAAGAGGCCAUCGUUCAGUGGACUUCCGCCACUACAGCCUUUGAGGUGGAGGCAGCGUGUAAGGCCGCCUCAGUGCCUUGUGGUCCGAUUUUUUCCAUCAAGGAUAUCAUGGAAGAUGAACACUUCAAGAGCCGCGAGUGUUUCGAGGAGGUCCAACUCUCUGGGAGAAGCAUCAAGGUGCCUUCCAUAGGGCCCAAGCUCAGUUGGUCCCCGGGUCGUACACUCUCCGGUGGCCCCGACAUCGGACAGCACAGUGAUGAGAUCCUGCGCGAGAAGUUGGGGCUCAGUGAUGAACAGCUGACCGCCUUGCGCUCACAGGGGGUCGUUGCCUAG